CGAUCCAAAAAGGAAAUCCGACUUCUCAAGCUGAAGUUUGAGAGCACCAUUCCCGCUCUUAUCGAAAGACUAUAUGGCGCUAGCAAUGAUGAGUUCGAGAGUCGAUUUAAAGAUACCCUGGAGUUAGAACGGCCCACCGAGUGUGAAAUAGUGAAAGCCAGCCUAGAAGCACCCCCGGACUUCUGCGCUUGUUCAUACGUACGGGGCCCUUCUACAGCGUCAAGGCGAUUGGUUCUUCGAAUGAGCAAGGACUACCCAGGUGCGCUACCAAACGCAACUGAUCCCUUGGAAAGGUUCGAGGAGGUACAAGAACCAGGAGCUUGUGGAAUGGAUAGAGAACAACGUUCAUUUCCACAACGAUUCAGACUCCGAGGCCCAUGACAACGAAGCCUUUGAAGCCACCGGGGAUAAUUUAAGAGGAGUAGUAGGACUUUUGGGACUGCCAUUCUGGACUAGGGUUGGUAAAUGAACAUGAUACCGCGGAGCUAGUUCCAGAUUAUACGAAGUCUUAUGAAGAAGUUUACACAGAAGCCACAAUUAAGUGGAUUCACGAGAUGGGAUUGAGGGUUCUAAGCUAUUGUCAGAACGUCACGAUGCCGUCCAAGUUGCCUUCUUGGGUUCCUAAUUUCAAAAUGCCUAGAAACUCGCGAUGCGUCAGAAUCUUAGACAUGCAACCCGAUCUUGUUCUUGGGGUUUUAGGAGAUCCUACCCCGCCUCCAGAUUUCAGAUUCUUGGGCACGCCUUCUGGUUCGAGGCUAAUAUCCAUGGGACACGAAAUCACUAUCAUCAAAAGAACUUUAAUCGCGAUGCCAUCAUGGGCGGGUAAUACGCCUCUUCUGAGAUGCAUCUGGGACCUCCAAGGACGGCUGAUUUUCAUGAAAGAUAUCAUAGAGGAAUGCGCAACGGCUUACAGGACCAAAGAAGACCGGCAUGUAGCUUUUGCAAGCACACUUGCUGGAGGCGGAGCAGACAAUGGUCGUUUACUCAACGCUAAGGACAAAUGGUCUUUAGAUCAGAUCAUUCGCGGGUAUAAGGCUCUCAUUGAGCCGUCUUCUGUUCUAGCGUCGUUUAGUGGCUUCUGCUCUCGGCCUAUACCCUCUCGAUUCUUCCCAGAUGUAACUAAGACUGCGUGUGCCCAGGCCGCCGUGUGGUGCGACGAGGAAUUCCGAGCGCCUGCGCCAACGCCAGCUCAGAGGUUUAAAAUGGACCAUCCCAGUGUGUUCUUCAUUCCUCUCUUCAACAAAUUAGUAGAGAUGUUGCCAAAUUUCGAUCUUGAUGAUAGUUUGCAGAUGUUUGAAGAUAUUAUAUCAUUUAUAGACUUACUUCGAAUCCGGACCAAAGGGCGAAAAGUUCUGGUUUCCGAGGAAGGUUAUCUUGUCCUUGGCCCUCGGCUCACAGAACCUGGGGAUAUCGUGACUUUUCUAGACGGCUGCCGUGUUCCUUUUAUCUUACGCCCCAGCCCGGACGGCUCAUUUCGCCUAGUCGGCGAAGCUUACGUGUUUGGAGUGAUGGACCAGUAAGCUAGUGGUGAACAAACGCGGCUUGGUGCUAAAGCUUCGCCGGAGGCAAAAGCAGCCAACAACCGCCGGGGUCGUGAUAUUCGACGAGAGUUUUCAAUCAAAUAAAAGUGUACAAGGGAGCGUAAAUUAGGAAGGCCAUUCCUUUUUUCUUCUAAAUUUUUUUUUUACCUACACAUAACUCUAGCUUGGAUCUCCUUUGUCUUC